UGUGUGUGUGUCAAACGAGCCGCAGCUCAGCGGCUCGGACGCUCGGCGCUCUUUGUUGCAACAGAGCUGCUGGUGUCCAUCACCUCAUGUGUGGAUCAGCGUUUGCUAGCAAGAGCUAACGAGAGCUAGCACCGAGACGACAACUGCUCCUCCAGCGAAACACACCAAACACACAGAGACGACGCCGCCAGCAGCCGAUCGCCCUGUAGUGUCACACGUAGUGUCCGCUACACACACGGGACACGUGAAUCUCCGGGCAGCUGUGGUGUUGUGAGCCAGUGUCUGUGGGUUGAAUGAACUCUGCAGCGGUUUGUCUCUUGGACACUCCCACUGCACUCACCGAGGCCCCCUCAGCAACUUCCAGCAGUUCAAACAAGACAAUGUUUUGACUGGCUUCUCCUGCCAGUGGUGAGGGCCCAGAGUUUCUACAGACAUGUCUGUGAGGGAGUCCUUUAACCCUGAAAGCUAUGAGCUGGACAAGAACUUCAGACUCACACGGUUUGCUGAGCUCAAGGGCACAGGCUGCAAGGUGCCACAAGAUGUGCUACAGAAGCUGCUAGAAACUCUACAAGAGAACCACUAUCAAGAGGAUGAACAGUUCCUGGGGGCAGUUAUGCCCCGAUUAGGCAUAGGUAUGGACACCUGUGUCAUACCCCUCAGACAUGGAGGCCUUUCUCUGGUCCAGACGACAGAUUACAUCUACCCCAUUGUGGACGACCCGUACAUGAUGGGAAGAAUUGCUUGUGCCAAUGUUCUAAGUGACCUGUACGCCAUGGGAGUGACGGAGUGUGACAACAUGUUGAUGCUUCUGGGAGUCAGCAACAAAAUGUCAGAGAAGGAGAGAGACAAAGUAAUGCCACUCGUCAUCCAGGGAUUCAAGGAUGCAUCAGAAGAGGCAGGCACAUCUGUAACAGGAGGACAAACAGUGCUCAACCCCUGGGUGGUGUUGGGAGGAGUCGCUACAACAGUCUGCCAGCCCAAUGAAUUUAUCAUGCCAGACAAUGCAGUCCCAGGAGACGUGUUGGUGUUGACCAAGCCUCUUGGAACACAAGUUGCCGUUGCAGUACACCAGUGGUUAGAUAUUCCUGAGAAAUGGAACAAAAUAAAGCUGGUGGUUACCCAGGAGGACGUAGAGCUGGCCUAUCACGAAGCCAUGAUGAACAUGGCUCGGCUCAACAGGACAGCGGCUGGUCUCAUGCACACCUUCAAUGCCCAUGCAGCCACCGACAUCACAGGGUUUGGCAUCCUUGGCCACGCUCAGACGUUGGCACGGCAGCAGCGAAGUGAAGUGUCAUUUGUCAUCCACAACCUCCCAGUGCUGGCCAAGAUGGCUGCUGUGUCAAAGGCCUGUGGGAACAUGUUUGGUCUCAUGCACGGCACCUGCCCUGAAACAUCAGGAGGCCUGCUCAUAUGUCUGCCCCGGGAGCAGGCUGCCCGCUUCUGUGCCGAGAUCAAAUCACCAAAAUACGGUGAGGGCCACCAAGCGUGGAUCAUCGGGAUUGUAGAGAAAGGAAACCGCACUGCUCGCAUCAUUGACAAACCUCGGAUCAUAGAGGUGGCACCACAAGCAGGCACGCAGAAUGUCAACCCAACUCCUGGGGCAACUUCUUAAUCCUCCUCUGCUGAUUCAUAGACCGGAAACCAAACAGCGCUGCCAAGUGAUUUUAGACACAUAAACUACAAAACCAUCCUAGAGUGUUGAAAUAUAUACACAAAAUAGUAUGUACACAGAAAGGACUGGGUUGGCGUGCUACAUCUACAUGAAACACAGUGCACCAAGCUGUGGCCCGGGGAGCAUGUCACCACCUAGUGGACUCAACCUGAAGCUUCCCCAUGAUUAAAAAAAAAUUGGUAAGAGAUAGAGCAUACUUAAAAUCCACACGCCUUUUGUGUCUGUUGUAUUCUAUUUUGUUAAACUGGCAGGCAGCUUCUGGUUAGAGAGUGAUGAAGACAAUAAUCGGAUACUGUUGAUUCAUUUUGAAUCAUGGGAAGUCUGGAGUCUGUUGCCUCUUUUAAAAUUGCUCUCAUCAGAAACAUCAAGGUGAUGUGAUGGUGUUUUUGUUUGUCCGUUCACUUUGUACAGUUAUAAAGCCUAGUUUUAGUUCAUUGCUGUAACUGAUGCCUUGAACGAGUGUGACCAGAAUGGUUUGUUUUUUUAUUACUUUGACUUUUUGUAUUGUCCCCACGUAAACUAAUAAAUAUUCAAAUAGACAAUAAUUUUGGGAAUGUGAAUUAACUAGAUCAAAUUUCACAUUAUCUACUUACAACAUAGUACUGCAGAUUGAUUUGAACAUGAACAGCUGAUGCUGCUCCACUGUGCAUAUUCUGAGUCACUGAUGAGAAGAAAUAUGCAGAACUUUCUACCAUCUGAAUUCCCAAUAUCAGAAUCCAAAUUGUGCAACUGUUAAAAAGGAGAAGAACGUGUGUCAGUGGACAGAUGCUCUGAUCUGUCAGCCUGUAGCCUUUGCUCAGGAUCCAUCAUUUAAUUCAGCCCUCAGUGUUGCCAGACGAUGUAUUGAGAGAAAUCUGACUUACUGUAAUUAAGCUUCCAGUUGUUCAAAGUCCAGAAUCCUUUUUUGUUUAUCCUGACAGCUGGUAUGAAUCUAUAAUGCUAGACAAGAUAUAAUCUCCACCCCAGCUCUUAUAAUAAACCUUUCUUAUAAUAUAGU